CGAACGAUGGCGCUAGCGCCGUGAUAAAAAUGGCGCUCUCUAUUGCUUUUACGCAUGUGCGUAUAGUUAGUGGAAUUUUCAACGCAAAUGCGAAUAAAUUUGCCUCGUGCUUAGCCGUGGGGUGUGAUGUACAAUACCGAUGCAAGAGCACAACACCUAAACGCCGAAAAACCUAUCCUUUUCACUGGUGGCAACCGCGACGGCGGAAAGCGUACAUGGAGGAUCAUCUCACGAAAGGAAACAAGGAGUUCCUACAAGAAGUCGCGGAGAAGAAAUUUCUACAGCCCGGAGAGAGUCCCUUGAGAGAGGAACCGUGGGAAAAAGGACAGUGGACGCCAGAGUCUAUAAGGACGGGACUCAUCGCACGGAAGAUCGGCAUCUACCCCAUGUGGACAAACACCGGUAAACGCAUCCUCACAACGCUCCUCCAAGUCCUGGAUAACCAUGUCAUCCACUACACUCCCCCCGAAGUGUACGCGCAGACCCGAUUUGGCUUCAGGGCCAAAGGGCGCGGCGCAUUAGUUGUGGGAGCAAGCAGUGCAGACCCCGACAUCUUUAAAGCUCCAUACCUUAAAAUCUUCGAAGAGUCCGGAGUCAACCCCAAGCGUAAGCUAACCAGAUUCCUGAUCACGGACGACGCCAAGAUUCAGCCUGGCACCCCACUCACUGCCGCUCACUUUAGGCCCGGAGACUACGUCAACGUGUACGGCAAAACGAUCGGCCACGGCUUUCAAGGGGUCGUCAAACGGUGGAAAAUGAAAGGAGGUCCCGCCUCUCACGGGACGACGAAAGCACACCGAAGAUUGGGGGCCAUCGGGGGUCAGCGGGGCCUCAUACUGAAGGGGAAAAAGAUGCCGGGUCACAUGGGACAGGAGAGGAGGUUACUCUGUGGUUUGAAGGUGUGGCGGGUGAACACGAAGUACAACGUCAUCUGGGUUCAGGGACCGGCCGUUCCGGGGCACGUCCACCAUUACGUUCACAUCUACGACACACAGAUAGCGAAGAAGCGGCCGUCGGCGGAGAAUCCGCCGCCGUUCCCGACGUACUAUCCGGACCCGGACAACCCGUUGCCCGAAGAGUUGUACGACAAGGAGCUGCAGGUGUUCGACGCUCCCUCGAUCACGUUUGCGGACGAAGAAGUCACGGAGAAGAAAAAGUUAAAAGUCAAGGCAAAAGUGAAGGGAAGGCGAUAGACUAUACGUAGAGACAUAGUUGUAAAAUAUGCUGUUAGAACGAUCAGUCCUUGUGUGCCGUUUGAAUUAAAAUGUGUCAUGUUUGUA